CCAGGGCUGGUGCGAGCCGGGAGCCCAGAGACCAAGAGCCCACAUGACGCAGAAACCCCUCAGCACCGCUGCGGCCGAGCGCAUGAACCUCGUGGCCCAAGACGAGAUCUGGAAAUACCGCCUGAAAGCUGAAACCGAAGCGCGGCAAAACUGGGCCCAGAACUGGGGAUUUUUAGCAACCCCUCUCGAGGAGUUGCUCAAGGGUGACGAAGAACCCCUCACCCCAAAGCCCAAAAUCGAGCUUCCCGAGCGAUUCCGCAUCCGGCCCGUGACCCCAGUGGAGAAAUACAUCAAGAUCCUUCCGUCCCCGCCAGUCCCGAAGACGACCCAGGGCUUCAUCGGCUGGAGAGCCGGGGUGCCAGGCCUGAACAAGGGUCUGGCGCACGCUUUUGAGAUCAGGAGCUGCAAAGGGGCGUAUGCCAAAGAGCUAAGCUGGCCGGAGCAAGGCAUCCACUGAGUCCAGAGGCCAGCCGCUGGGCACCUGCCGGCCGAGCACCAGGCCGCUGAUGUCGAAGCCAGCGCGGGGAGGAGCUCCCCAGCCCCCUCUCUGCAGAUACAGCUCCCCUCCACGUUUGUUCAGGGGAUGUUGCAAAGAACACAAAACAGCCCCUUGACAUUUUCAGUUCAUCAACACCUCCCCUCCAGAACGUUCUCCUGACACGCUCAUUCCUGGCUAAUAUAAUGAAUAAGGCAAAAUAGAGUCUCUGAAUUCUGUUUUGAUACCUUGGGAAUUUCUAAGUAUGGCUUUUAAAAAACAACGUGAUUGAAUUUUAAGAAUCAAACUUUGUCUGGGCCCUUUAUUGUCACUUUUGAUCCUACCUGUCACCGUCCGUUCAAUGUGGCGUAUGGAUAUGU